AAUUUGCUUGAUCAGUGGCCACAUAAUAGUCUCUCCAGUCACACAAGUGCACGGCAGUGAUAUUUGGGCAUCAUCGAGCCUGUAAUCCACCAUUGCUAUGGAGCACCUGAGCAGCAUAAAAGGUCGUGAAGAGUUUUCCGCAGAUUAAUUUAUACUGCUGAAGCAGACGGCGAAGAUAUGAAAGCGCUUGGCAUCUUCGCGAGUUUAGUGCUGCUCAUCUGCAUACUGUCUGCUGAGGUGAACGGCAACGAUCGUCUCACUCUGGGAGUUUUUGUCCUCUGUGAUAAGUCAAUGACGAAUCUGCUUCAAGGACGAAACCUAGACGAAUAUUUUGGUACAUUCUUCAAUGCGAUCAACUUGGUCUUUCAACAGUUGUCGAGCCCGAAGGUUAAGUUCGAAGUUGUCUCAGUAGAAACCGCGCCGCAAAUUAGACGUCUUCUUGGCAACCGAUACCCUUACGACCACUGGCCAAAACACAUCAAUAUCACGUCUAAUGGUCAGCUCGCAGACGAUCCCACGAGGAAGCAACUGACUGAAUAUUUCAAGAAGGCGGGUCAACCCUACAAUAAUAGCCAUGUCAUCGUCCUUUUCUCAGGGAAUACAGUACUAUUUCGUCGAAUAGGUCACGACAACAAGAACCGAAAAUAUAUACCUGUACAUGCAAACCCAGUUCGUAAAGGGAUAUGCACUGUACAUAAGAUUGUGGUAACGCAAGAUGACGGAUACUUUUCUGGUAUUGCGUUCACAGCCAGAAGGCUUGCACGUAUUUUGGGCGCCAACUACGACUACAGGGAGAGAGCGGGUUGUCUGUACACCUCUGGGAUGCUCACGGGAGAUAUAGAACAAAAGCAGAACUACCAGAUGUCGUCUUGCGCAUUAAAAGACGUGAGAGCUGCGCUAUCGGAAGCACCUAAAAAACAGUGCUUGAAAACGAAAUUCAGAUCCCACACAAUUGCAACAAAUAAACUUCCUGCUGAUCUACAUAACCCAGACAAGUACUGUGCUCACAGAUAUAAGGGAGAACCCAAUAUUGCGCAAUGCUCGCAAGCAAACUGGGCCAUAAGCCUGUACCCAAGUCCAGGAACGUGUGAGGUGCUUUGUUGCUACGGGGACACUCCGAAAUGGAGAAGGAAUAUGUUCACGAUGCGAGGUAUUACAGCCCUCGACGGUUAUGGCUGCAACGGAAGGAAAAAUGGAAUAUGUGUCAAUGGAGCUUGUCAAGAAAGGCCAACGUUCCAGUAGAACAACGAAUUCGAUCGAUAACGGAGGGUUGUCGAACUCCCAACUUUAGCGAAAUAAACUGUGUAAUUUUGGGAAUACCCCGGA